AUGGCUGCCACCACCGCCGUCACCCAGAAGCCCCCCGCCAAGGAGCACUUGCCUCGGCGGCGCAGCGUGAGCCAGAUCUGUCCCCCGCCGCGGCGGCCGAUGACCCUGGCGGAGGUGUACCCGGGCAGUGAGAACGAGCGACUGGGCGUGGUGCGUGAAAGCAUGCUUCAAAACCAUCUCAUCAAUAAGCCAGAACUGGGGAAGCCACGCCGAAGCUGCUACACUCUCCCAGGUUACGAUUUCAAUUACGGGUUAUAUCUGCGCGGGACUGACGGAGGGGUACCGGAAGCCAUUGGCCACUGGAAUGCAAUAAAGCCCAGAGCCCCUUCAGCAAAGGAGCGGGGCCGUGAUUACAAGACCAUGAACCGCAAAGCCAUCCAAGAGGGUUAUGUCACUGCACAUGAGCAGAACCUGUACCGCCAGCUCAAGGACAUCCGCUUAAGUGAUAAUGAUGAGCGACGCUUUAAGAAGACGCCCCCCAAGGUCCCUCCGGACAUGACGUACGGAAGACCAGCAAGGCCCUCCACCCCUUUCUUCGACCUGCUCCAGCAUAAAUACAAAGAGAUAUGGAUGGAACAGCAAAGAGCCGUCAUUCGAGCCCAGAAGGAGGAGAAGAAGCAAAAAAAACGCAAAGGGAAAGUGUACGAAACAUACACAAGUCUGCUCCGGAAGUUCCAGCCUCCAAUGAAGACAGAGCAGCUUUGGCGCAUACCCCACUUUCAGAAGGUGUGUGGCAGGAGCACUGGAAGCGGCAGCGGUGACGGUGGAAAUGGCGGAGGCGAUGGAAGCGGUGUAGCAUUGGAGCAGCAGAGCGAGGCAACUGGAGUGAUGGAGGCGGAGACAGAGGCGGAGCAACAGAAGGACGUGGUGACGUGA